AUGGAUAGCCUAAGAAAAGGAGGGAAACAGCAGUCCAGCCGCAGAUCAGAGUUUUCUCCAAUUGAGUCCGAAGUCUCCACCAAAUGCAGUGAAGUCUGGGUGUCGGUCGUCUUUUGUGACUAUAAUGACGCGCCGUUUAUAAUCGGCUACAAUGAAAGGGAAUGUAUAGCCGGGGAGUGGACACAAUCCAUACCAAAAUGUGCCACCUUAUAUACGGGUAAAUAUGAUUACAACUAUACAGUGAAUGGCAAUGCAGUCAACAUAUCACUGGAAAAUUCUGCAAGAAUUUCAGGAAUUGUGGUCAAAGUGUCGUCAAUAGAGCCCAUAGAAGUGGUUAACAUUAAGAACAUCCCAUCCCCGGAGUGUUUUGUAGCCAACUCUACAUUCAAAGACAAAAUACCCCUUCAUUUGCCCAAAAGGUAUUCAACACUAUUUCAUUGUCCGACAAAAGACGUCGACUUCAGGACUCAUCCAAACGUGUCGUGGAUUUUGAUUACUUUUAGCGAGAAGUUCAGAAACUGUGAACUCCUGUCGUGUCCGGCAAUCGUAGAGUUCAUUGAGUUAUACGAAGCCAUUAACGACGAGUGCUUUAAACCGGAUGUCCCGGCGUUUGGUAAAAUAGUGGCCCUCAAAGACAGGGCUUCCACAAUGAAAUACAAAUACCAGUGCCAAGACUUCUUCAUUAUGGAGGAGCGCAGGGCAUCUGAGAUUGUGUGCACACCUUAUGAGGAAUGGUCGCUUAAGAAGUUGCCAAAGUGUGUGCCAAAUAUUACGUGCAAAGUGGAACCGUUGGAUGAGCUGAAAGUCACAUUUAAUUGGUUGUGGAGCGAGAGUGAGGCAGUGGUAGGAAGUGUGGCCUCAUUUGAAUGUCCCGAUAAUAACACUAAAAUCAAUGGAUCCACAAAACGCGAGUGCGGUUCAGAUGGUGAGUGGUCUGAGCUUUUGCCGCAAUGUUUGCCUCAUUUGACCACAACUACUGUCGAGACCACCACUGAAUUGACCACAACAUUGACGACCACUUUAAAUCCCUAUCCUUAUAGUAAACAUAAAGAAAACCAAACCCCGGAACCAACUGUUCAUUCAAAUCCCUAUCCCUCUCCACCAGUGAUUAAAGAGAUUCAGUCGACAACUGGCGUCUCAUAUAUAAAUAGCGACCAAACUAUAGAUAAUUCAUUGAAUUCAAUACAAUUCGUGUACAUAUUUUUAGGUCUUUUAUUGGGAAUUUUGAUCACAAUUAGUGUCAUAUAUCUCAUACAUAAGAGACGGAAGUCUUCGCGACGUAUCGAAAGUCAAUCCAAUCAACAGCUGAGAGGGGCUCACAAUAACCACAGACCACGAGAUGAUCUCUUCUACGACCACAUUAAUUGUCCGCUCAAUGAGAACCAACUGUCCAACCAUUGCUUGAAUGAGGGACUGGAUAGCAAUCAAUGCACUAUUAGUCCAUACGAUUCGUCCGGUUAUAUACAGAUAGAGGCCGUCGAGUCGACCCGAAUGAACACAUUCAGGAAGUAUGAGAAUUACGAGACAAACAAUAGUCGCAAACAAAUCAAACCAUUAUGGGAUGUUCUUAAUGUUAACCACUUCUAUGGGCUCUAUUGA